AUCGAAAAGAAUUUGGGCGGAAUCAAGAGGAGACCUCAGGACAAGCUCAGCAAGGGUCCUCCACAGAGAAUCAAAACCGCCUUUGAAGAAGAAAAGGAGCAGUGAGAUAUUCCGUUCUAAUUAUCCCCACGCUCACUUGCAAAAACAUACGAUGGAGAAGUACGAGCUGGUGAAGGACAUAGGAUCUGGGAACUUUGGGGUGGCAAGGCUGAUGCGUAACAAAGAAACCAAAGAACUCGUCGCCAUGAAGUACAUCGAGCGAGGCCAUAAGAUUGAUGAGAAUGUGGCAAGAGAGAUUAUAAACCACAAAUCGCUGCGUCAUCCAAAUAUAAUUCGGUUCAUAGAGGUGGUUUUGACUCCUACACAUCUUGCAAUUGUGAUGGAGUAUGCAGCUGGUGGUGAACUCUUCGAGCGAAUUUGCAAUGCUGGCAGAUUCAGUGAAGAUGAGGCCAGGUAUUUUUUCCAGCAACUGAUCUCAGGAGUUAGUUACUGUCACACUAUGCAAAUAUGCCAUCGAGAUUUGAAGCUGGAGAAUACCCUGUUGGAUGGGAGCCCUGCUCCUCGUCUGAAAAUCUGUGAUUUUGGUUAUUCAAAGUCAUCUCUGCUGCAUUCAAGACCCAAGUCUACUGUUGGAACUCCAGCAUAUAUUGCACCAGAAGUUCUUUCGCGGAGAGAAUAUGAUGGCAAGAUGGCAGAUGUAUGGUCAUGUGGGGUGACUCUUUACGUUAUGUUGGUGGGUGCAUACCCAUUCGAGGACCAAGAAGAUCCAAAGAAUUUUAGGAAAACUAUUAGUAGAAUAAUGUCUGUUCAAUACAAAAUCCCAGACUACGUUCACAUAUCUCAAGAUUGCAGACACCUCCUUUCUCGCAUAUUUGUUGCUAGCCCCUCCAGGAGGAUCUCCAUCAAAGAUAUCAAGAACCAUCCAUGGUUUUUGAAGAACUUGCCCAGGGAACUGACUGAAGCAGCUCAAACUGCAUACUACAGGAAAGAAAACCCAACUUUCUCUCUUCAAAGUGUUGAAGAAAUCAUGAAAAUAGUUGAAGAGGCUAAAGCUGCUCCUCCAGUUUUGCGUUCUAUUGGAGGCUUUGGCUGGGGUGGAGAAGAAGAUGGGGAUGCAAAGGAAGAAGAUGCAGAGGAAGAAGAAGAAGAAGAAGAUGAGUACGAGAAGAGAGUAAAGGAGGCACAUGCCAGUGGAGAAGUUAAUGUCAGUUAAAAGAAGUAUAUGCUUUUUAAACUGGAGUUUUGCCUUCAGUGCUCGUGUUUAUAUGAAGCCAGUUUGUACCUAGGACCUGGUGUUGAAUAAACAUUCUGUAAAUUAGUGGUGUCUUGGGCAAGAAGUUUGUGCAGUCUUUGGUAUGAUUGUUUAGGGUGUCUUGCUACUGAUCUUGGAACUGCUAGGAUUUGAAGCCUACCCAGUUUGGUAAAUUCCCAGUAUAGGGUUCAGCUUCAUAAAUCAUGGGUUAUUUACGGUCUAUAGACCACAAUAGAAGAUUUGUGAGUCUUGUAAGUUGAUUUCUUUCCAUCGUAAAAUGGUAUGCCUGGCGGUUUGACGCGUUAUAAAUCUAAAAUAUGACCAAUAUAAUGUAAGUAACAUUUAUAUUGUUGCUUUGGUCUGUCUCUGCUUGACUCUUUA